AUGACUAUUUCAAUUCAAUCCAAAGUCUUGACUACAGACAACAUGAAUCCACUCAUCAAGAAUGUGGAAUACGCUGUUCGUGGCCGCUUGGCUAUCAGAGCAGAGGAAAUCCGCACUGACAUUGAACAAGGCGUCAAGUAUCCCUUUGAUGAGGUUGUCAACUGCAACAUUGGUAAUCCUCAACAACUCAAUCAAGCUCCAAUUACAUUCUUCCGUCAAGUUGCCUCUCUGUGUGAUAAUCCUGAUUUAUUGAAAAAGGAGCAUCGCAAUCUGGUAUCUCAACUCUACCCCACGGACGCUCUUGAGCGUGCUGAGACUCUGCUGCACUCCAUUGGUAGUGUGGGUGCCUAUUCUCAUUCUCAAGGUGUCCCUCAUAUCCGCAAUACAGUUGCACAGUUCCUCAAGGAACGUGAUGGCUAUUCAGCAGAUCCUAAUCACAUUUACCUCACUCAAGGUGCCUCAGCUGGUGUGCAAACUCUCUUGAGCAUGCUGACUGAAAAUGAACACUCUGGUAUCAUGAUCCCCAUUCCUCAGUACCCUCUCUACUCUGCUUCAUUGUCUCUGUACGGCGCAACUCCUGUGCAUUACUAUCUCGACGAGUCUACUGGAUGGAGCCUGGAUAUCGAGCAGCUGACACAGGUAGUGGCCCAAGCCCGCAAGCAAGGUACAGAUGUGCGUGCAUUAGUCAUUAUCAAUCCUGGCAACCCCACUGGCCAAUGUCUGGAAGCAAGCAACUUGCAAGAGAUCAUUUCGUUCUGUUACAAGGAGAGAUUGGUGCUAUUGGCCGACGAAGUCUAUCAAACAAAUAUUUAUGAACCCGAGAAGCGUCCUUUUAUCAGUUUCAAGAAGGCAUUGAUGGAUCAUCCUGAUGCAGAGGUGAGAGAGGGUUUGGAGUUGGUGUCAUUCCACUCUAUCUCCAAGGGUAUGAUUGGUGAGUGCGGUCGUCGUGGUGGCUACUUUGAGUGCGUCAACUUGGAUCAGGGUAUCCUGGAUCAAAUCUACAAGAUGGCUUCUGUUUCAUUGUGCCCCAACCUGCAUGGCCAAAUCUUGGUGGAUUUGAUGUGUAACCCCCCGCGUUUUGGAGAGCCUUCUUAUGAGUCAUAUACGGCAGAAAUUAAAACCAUUUACGAUUCAUUGCGCCGUCGAUCCAAAAAGCUGCAAGAUUGUUUCAACAACCUGGAAGGCGUGAGUUGCCAACCUGCCCAAGGCGCCAUGUAUCUAUUCCCUCAGAUCACUCUUUCCAACAAGGUGAUUGAAGAAGCCAAGAAGGCCAACAUUGCUCCUGACGCCUACUACUCUCAUGCCAUGUUGGAAGCCACUGGUGUUUGCGUGGUUCCUGGUUCCGGUUUCGGGCAAAAGGAUAAUACCUGGCAUUUCAGAUCCACCUUUUUACCAGAGGAACAUUUGUUUGACAAGUUUUGCUCAGAUCUUGAAAAGUUCCACCAUCAAUUCCUCAAAGACCAUAGAGACUAA